AUGAAAAAAUUGGUGUUUGCUUUAGCUGUUUUGUGCUUUGUUGUUAAUUGCUAAUUUAAUUAUAAUGAAGGAAUUUCUAAAAAUUUAGCUGGAUUUGCUGUUCAAGCUUAUUGCAACAAUACAAGUAUCCCAUUGAAUAAUUGUGGUGCACCUUGCAAUUAAAAUCCUUAAGGCCUUCAAAAUUUCAUAGAAGUGAAAAACGACACAACUAGUACUAGAGCUAUUUUAGGCUUUUCUCCUGAUAACGAUGCCAUCGUUAUUUCAUUUAGAGGUACUGUUGAUUUAAAUAACUGGGGAGCUGAUCUCUCUGCUGCUUGGUAUAAUUAUCCUAACUAAUUAUGUACAGGCACAUGCUAAGUUCAUACAGGUUUUUUCACAAAUUAUCAAAGUAUUGUUAACUAACUCAAGUCUAAUUUCAAGGUUCUUAAGGCAAAAUAUCCUUCAGCUAAAGUAUAUUUAACAGGACAUUCACUUGGUGCUGCUCUUGCAACUCUUUCCUUACCUGAUAUUUAUUCUUGGAAUGGAAAUAAAUAACUUGAUGCUGUUUAUCAUUUCGAAUCACCUAGAGUAGGUAAUUAAGCAUUUGCUAAUUGGCUUAGAGCUUCUAAUUUUUCAGUAUAUUAUGGAAGAAUUACUCACGGUUACGAUCCUGUUGUUUAAAAUCCUACUAGUUGGUGGCCAUUGUACUAUUAUCAUACUCACUUCGAAGUCUUCUACCUUGAUUUUAACAGCCAACCUAAACUCUGUCCAUAAGCAGAAGAUACUAAAUGUGGUGCAUAAUCAAUUUACACUGCUUUCAAUCCAGCUGAUCAUAUGAAUCUCUUUAAUUGGGAUCUUUCAGCUGCAGGUAAAUUAUGCAGUUGA